AUGUGGAUGUUUGUGUGUGUGUGUGCUCGGAGAGUGUGUGCCGCCUCAAACGUGACGUUUUCCCUUCUCCUCGAAAAAAGAAUCCAACUCGUGGGAGGGGUGUGUGUAUGUGUGCCGUCCGGAAUAAAAUCCGUAACAGAAAACCGAUUAAUCGAGGGAUCAGAGCGGCGCGAAGACCGGGAUUGUAAAAGCUUUUGCUUACUGAUAUUCCGCGUUUGGUUAUCAAUCACCAAAUGGGCUUACCUUACUUCGCCCAUGAUAUGA